GUGCGCCCAUUGAACCAACCGAGGCAAAGUACGGGCGAAUUUUCAGUGCUUGUUCGACCUCUGCGAGACAUCGACGAAGAAAUGCACUUCAGGUACUUUAGAAUGUCAGCAAGUCGAUUUGACGAUCUGCUUCGUCGUGUGCAGCCGCUGAUAUCUCACCAGAGCACACACUCCAUGCCUGUUGACGCAGCCCAGAGACUUGCAGUUACUUUGCGAGUUUUAGCUUCUGGUGGCAGCCAACAGUCUGUUGCAGCGAGCUACAAGUUGGCCGCCUGCACUGUAUCUGGUGUAGUGUCCGAGGUCUGCAAAGCUUUAUGGACGGUCCUGCAGCCUGAAUUUCUUCCUUGCCCUUCAACUAGCCAGUGGGAAGCUAUUGCUGCAGACUUUUGGAGAUUGUGGAACUUUCCGAACUGUGUAGGGAGCGUCGACGGGAAGCACGUCAACAUCAAGGCACCUCCACGCUCCGGGAGUGAUUAUUUUAACUACAAGGGUUGUCACUCCAUUGUUAUGAUGGCAACAUGUGAUGCAAGGUAUCGCUUCACCAUGUUGGACGUGGGCGCAUAUGGAAGGGAAAGUGACGGGGGCGUUUUCAAGGAGAGCAAAUUUGGCUCGAUGCUGCUCGACCAUGAGCUCAAUCUGCCCGCACCAGCGAAACUCCCUGGAACACAAGUCCAAAUCCCCCAUGUGAUUGUUGGUGAUGCCGCCUUCCCCCUGCACUGCAAUCUCAUGCGCCCGUUCCCAGGGACCAAUCUGAGCAUGGAGAAGCAGACCUUCAAUUACCGUCUUUCCAGAGCCAGGCGUGUCAUUGAAAACAGCUUUGGAAUCAUGGUGGCAAGGUGGAGGAUUCUUGGACGGCAUGUUGAGUUCCUGCCAGAGAAGACCGUGGAUGUUGUAAAGGCAUGUGUUGUCCUGCACAACUACCUGGCCUACACUGACGAUCUGAACACACCAGGGAGCAGAUACAUACCACCAAACUUUGCAGACUCUGAUUCAGGUGGAUCAGUGGAGCCUGGGGAGUGGCCAGGACUGGUAGCAGGGGACUCAAAUCUGUUGGGGCCCAUAGAUCCCUCACAGAUGUCAAGGAGCCGUUCCAUCAGAGCUGCCCAGGCUGUCCGCAAUGAUUUGACUGCCUUCUUUCAGUCACCGCAGGGAAUUGUGCCAUGGCAGAAUGGCAUAGUGUGCCGUGGCACUCUUGGCUAA